AUGGCGCCACCGUUCCUUAGCCGUCCCGAGAUUCAACACCUCGUUUCAAACUUUUUGAUCGACUUCUACAACCGCGAAGACGUCGAGAACUGGGAAGAUGUACAAAGAGCGACUAUCGACGCUAUGGGAGAUAUUAUCGUCCAAAUUGCUCGGGGGCAUGCGCAGGCGCAAGUAGAAGGUACACACCCCUCUCCGGACCCGAUGGACUUGGACGAUGAUGGUGCUGUACAACCCGAGGAACAAGAUUCAGAUGACACUUCGGACCCAGAUGACUUUGUGAGAGACGACAUUCCUCCCCAACCACCCAGGAAGAACUCCAGCUCCUCAGACUCGGACUUUGAGGGCUCUGGGAAGAAAAAUCCCCGCAGCGGUAAAGGCUCAAUCAAGACUAGGGAUACUCCCCGGAAGGAUACCAAGGUAAAGUCUGGCCGUGUUGCAAGCCUCGAGGAACGCAAGACGAACCGAUGUGUGCUGGGAUGUGGCUUGGGCUACACGACGACGGAUCGCCUCAAGAGACAUUACAAAUCUCACCACCCCGGUUGGGAGACCGCAGUUGUGACUGCUGGCCAGACCAUUUUUGCCAAUCAGCGCAGCUAG